AUGCACCUUCUUUUUGCUAUAUUCAUCGUAUUUAUUCAAAUUCCGAUCAAUUUUGGGUAAGAAUUUGAAUUUUUUUUUUUUUUGAAUUUUUUCUCCAAAAUCCAGCUCUUUGCGCCCAAAAACUUGGCCUAUGGCUAAUUAUGACGGCCAAUCUGUAAUGCCUUCCCCUCCCCCGAAACGUAAACAACAAGAAGAGAGAAAGAAGGAAACGAGUGGAAGUUUCAAAACAAAUUGCGAAAUUUUGUUUUUUCUCCCCCCAAAAACGUCCCAAAAAUAAGGUCGCGGCCGGCUGAAGAGCGAUUUUUUUCAUGGAAAUUUACGCGGAAAAUCGGGAAACCUCUCGAGCCGCGAGGUGUGGGUCAGUUCGGUCGCCGCAUUUGCACACGUUUAUGGCGUUGUUCGGGCAAAGGGCGUGCGUUUCUGUCAGGGUUGGGGAGGGAAACGCGCGAAAAUCUUGUUUUUUGGUCAUUCUGAAGGGGAAAGUGCUGAAAUUUGGGGGGAAUUUGAAAUUUUUUAGGGAAAAAAUAAGUUUUAACACUUUCCUGGGUGUUUUGAUCGCACUGUUCGUCUUAAUUUUUGUUGUUUUGGAUUGCAUUUGCUUCUAAACAGUUGUUGAUUUAUGGCCUGGGACUAAUAAACUUUUGUGUGUCCAGAAAAUGUGUCACGAUGACACGGAUUAAAAAUGUGCCAGUGCUACAGACAACGGCUGGAUAUGACUAUUAGUACUCCUUAUAGUACCCAAAAAAUGUUUGGCGCAAAACUUUUGCAGUGCGCAAUUUUUAAUGACGGAUUUUAUGGAUUUUUUACGCAGCGGGUACCGUUGCAAAUGCCCAAAAUUUUUACCUGCUCUAGAGAGUGGUCCUACUCAUUUACAGCCGUUGUUUGUAUCACAGGCACAUUUUUAACCGGUGUCAUAAUGACACAUUUUCUGGACACACAAAGAUUUAUAGUCGCUACGACUUUUGUUAAUGACAGUUCGCGUCAGCGAUGCUAUUGGCUCUAACUUGAUCCUCGUUAUAUAUAUGCAGUGUAGGCUAGAAGAAGGCUUAAUUAAACAAUAGAAAUAAAAAAUUUUAUCGGGCUAUGGGAUAAGUUAUGACCUAUUUUGAGGUAUUUUGUAUAGAUAUUAUUGCUCACAUCAGUAGUUAUCUAUAUAAGACUUAAGAAUCUUGGUUUUUGGAGCAAGUUUUGGACUUUUUAAUAGCUCAGAGUCAAAAAAACUGAGGUUAACAAUAGCUAAAAUUAGAUAAGGUGGUUGUAUUGUAAGCCUCCGCCAAGCCUUCUCCGCUCGUCAUUUUCAUCCAACGGCUUUUUAGGCCUCGUAGGCGACGCUUAAAAAAUUUUUUUUUAUUUCCACUUGCCCUACGCCUCGUACAGAUCGAUUGUGUUUACCCGAGCUUUCGUUGACCCGAAAAAAUCGCGAUUUUUGAUGUUUUGGAUUUCAUUUGCAUUGAAAAAACAAGUUGACAUAAAGUUGGUUCGAAAAACAAAUAAAAUACUGUUGGACUUUUGGCGUCAUUUGGCCUUGAAAUGAUUACCGAGCGAUAUCAGUCUGUCGGGAAAAUAAUGAACAACGUCGCUGCGCCGAUCGCGUCGCUGAAGCGAAAAGCAAUUUGAUUUUGUGGCGACGCAAUUCAUUUUUUCGGCGGCGAUGCAAUUUUCGAUGCGACAAAGUGCUCACUAUUUUCCCGACAGACUUGUAAUUCAACGUGACGUACGAUAUCGCGGUCUGAGAAAUCAACUCCAGGACUCAUAUAAAAUUCCCAGGACUUUUUGCCACUAGUAAUAUAGAUACGGUCUUUGUUGAGGCAUAGACGAAUAAUUGUACAGAACUUAAAAAAACAAGCACGGGAGAAUUAGGCAUCUUACAUACCACUUGGAUAAAAAAUCUCGUUUCAGAAUGACCGAUAAAAUCAUCUACAUUGGCUCCUACACAGAGCCGCCGUACGCCCCGCAGAAAAUAGAGAAUGGAAUUUAUAUUUUGAGAUUGCAAGACGAGAAACUGAACAUCAUUGGAAAGAAGGACUUGAAGAACAUCUCAUGGUUCUUGAAGGACCGCAACGGCACCAGAUUGUACUGCUUGACGGAGGGAAAGGCGCCGCUCAGUGGAAUGCAUCGGUUCGACAUUGACCGGUAUGUUUUUUGGAGCUGACAAGGGAAAUGUUCGAAGUGCGACAAUGUUGAUUUUGAUUAAAAAAUUUUUAAAUUGCACUUUUUUUCAUUUUCGAGAUUCCUAGCUCCCGUUUUGCAAAAAAAAAUUACAGUUUCUUGCCACUUUCUGGCUAAUUCAAGCCUUGUUUUGACCGGUGAGGACAAUUUUCCCCAAAAAAGUCAAUUUUUUCCUCGAGAAAUUCACAGUCACGGCCAAAAAAAUCUAUUUUUUCUCUGACCUCUCUCCGUGUUUGGCGUAGCGCAGGUUGGCGUCAAGUUUUUCACUGAUGUGUCAAGUUUCUCUGUCGCGGAAAAAAGAACUCGUUUGGAAUAUUUUGCAGCCUGUAUCUUCAUGAAGAUGGGCUGAAAAGUGUUCAAGUAAGUUGGCAUUAGCAAGAGGAGGUGUUCUUCUUUCAUUUGAUACCAAAAAAAUUUGUUUUAUUUCGGGGAAAGAUAUAGAAUUUGUCCAACUCUCUCGAUGGUCAAGAUCGUUGAAUAUCUCGGCUCUCCUUGCAAAUCAGGAGCUAAAAUUUUCAGGAAUUUAUAAGUGCUCUUGGCUCAACUUGUAUGCAAAAUUUAAAGAAAAUCUGAGCAUCUGAGCGUCGCACUUCAUACACUUCCCCUGUAAAUUACGAUAGUUUCAAUCCCACAUCUCUCAAUUCUUUGAUUACUUUCUUCUUGAUAGAUAAUAUUACCCACCAAAUCAUCGUAUUUUAGGUCCACCGGAGAGCUGAACAACCUCACAUCGAUCCUGUUCCCCGAGCCCGGCGCUUGUUACAUGAGCAGUUUGCGCGAAGAGGAGGAUAAUCUUCUGGCCAUCGCCUUCUACGACGGCGGAGUUGUCCGGACUGUCUGUGAGGACGAUACCGGCAGACUGCAUCCCCAUCCGCCUGUGGUCUUUCAUGACAAAAGCGGAACGAUCCCGGAUCGGCAGGAAGCGCCGCAUCCCCACUCGGUCCUCCCGUUGGAGUCGGGCGACGAAUUUCUGGUCUCGGAUCUGGGCGCUGACGCGCUGUAUAAGGUAAAUUUGAAAUUUAUAUACUGUCGGUAAGAUUGGUGCAGAAAUUUUAAAAAUUUUUUGACCAUUCGUAUUUUAGCUUCGUUGUCGCGAAAGCAAGACCAGAAUCAUGCACAAAAUCUCGAUGCCCCCGGGCUACGGGCCUCGCCAUUUGCUAAAACACCCCAAAUACGAUCUUCUUUUCGUCAUCAAUGAACUCUCGAAUACUUUGGUGGUAUACGAGACGGAUGGGUUGUAUGCUGUGAGUUUUUUGCGGUUUUUAGUGUUACAAUUUGAAAUGGGUUCUUAGGAGCUUUUUAUAACUUUAAUUGGGUUGACAACCUUUGUUAUGUCAGAUCUUUCGGUCUUUUUUUGGCUAGGGAAAUGCUCAAUAUGCGACGCUCAUAUUUUCUUUAGAUCUUGCAUACAAUUAGGUUCUAGGCUCUAAAUCAGCUCCUGAAAAUUUUUGCUCCGGUUUUGCAAGGGCAGCCGAGAUUUUCGGUAAAUAAUGAAGGAGUACGCAAAAUGCCGAGAGUGGGCAGAUUAAAAAAGCGCUUUUUGAACAAACCUCUGCCAAUUUCGCGCGGAAAAAAGUGGUUUUCUUUAUCAGUUUGCCGGGAAAAUAAUGAACAUAAUGUCGCUGCACCGAUCGCGUCGUUGAAGUGAAAAGUAAUUUGAUUUUGCCGCAACACAAUUCAGUUUCUCGGCGGCGAUGCGAUUUUGCAUGCGAUAGAGUGCUCGUUAUUUUCCCGACAGACUGAUAGAAGUGUUGCUUUUACCGAUUGAAAUAAAGCUGAAAAUUGGCGUGGCUAAACUGGGGAAAAAAUCUUAAAUUUUGACAAACUUUUGGACAGAAAAUCUUGAUGAUCUAUGCAAAUAGAGGGCUCUUCGAACACUAUUCCUGUAAAAAUUUAAAAAAUUCGGUUGCUAAAAUUUUUUAUUUUCGAGCCUUAUACAGGGUGGGCCACUCGAACCUUCCGUCCUCAAAAAAAUAGGUCAUCAUUUUUCAGCAACUCACCAAGACUGACGAGAAAUCGACCCUAGGAAAUUUGGAGAACAGCUACAAAGUGGACGACGACCCUCUCCAAUGUGCCGCCCAUCUACAGCUCUCCGACUGCGGAAAAUACGUGCUGGUCUCGAACCGAGGCCGUCAUAACUCGAUCUCCGUGUUCCGAAUCCAGCAUCCCACCGAGGGCAAACUGGAGUUGGUCGAGACCUUCUCAACCCACGGCUAUUUCCCCCGAUUCUUCCAUCUGAUCGAUGAUAAAUACGUUCUGGUCGCGAAUCAGCUGUCAAGUACAAUAUUAUUGUUCCGUUUCAGCGAGGGAAAUAUUACGGGGCCUAUUGCUGAGCUAGAAAUCCCUAAUCCAGCAGCCAUAUCUGUUUUGUAA